GUAGGCCUAAAAUAAAUCGAAUUCUUGAAAUCAUUCCAACAUCAGAGACAUGAGUCCAAACAGAACAUUUUCACUCAAUCAAGUGACCAGUAUCCUAGCAACGAAUGGUAUGCGCUGGGCAAGGAAGAUUCUCUACAACGUGGGAAGAUUUUUAGCUACAAUGUGGUUGUAACUUGACUCGCUGACAACAGUCUUUGGUGUGAGAAAGAACUACUGUUUAGAACUACGGAUGCUACCAUGGUCACGAAAAUAUUUCAACUGAACUAAAGGGUCUGACACUUAGACUGAGCUUUAGGCUUAAAGACAUAUGCGAGUGCCAAAGAACCCCAACACCACCCCAUCGGAGUUAGAGAGGAAGGGCAUGCAAAAUAUCCAUGCUCAACUCAGCAGACAACGAGUGCGGCUUGGUGCAGGCCAUGGGGAUGGCCUCCCCUCCCGUCGCCGACGGAACCGACCUGGACAGGAAGAGCACGCUGCGGGUUACCUCCCGCCCCACAACAGCGGACCAGGAGGGAGCAGUCAGGGCGGUUAGACGCUCAUGGGGGUCAGAGUUACGGAGAGGGAGGGGGAAUUCGGUGGAGGAGAGCGCCAAGGGGAAAGCUCGCAGGAUGUGGAAGUUCCUCAGCACUGGAAUGAAGCAGAAUGUGGACAAGAUAAGAAGCUUCAAUGUCAAGAGCGCUGUUCUCACCCAUGGCCUGCAGCACUUACGUAAUUUCCCUUGCAACGACCCUGUGCGCCACAUGACCUACGGCAAGGGGGCGGCAGGGUUCAUCAGCCUUCACAGGGAAGGCAAGGUCGUUAUGUACCACCCAGACGGGCGUCUCCGUGACCUCCCACCCGCCUCUGUCUCUGUCCCCUACAUGGGCCUAACCUCCACUCAGCUCCCUGGGCGUCUGGUGGGCUGGGGGCCCGGGGCAAGCCUCACGCUGCUGGACAGUGAGCUGCGCCCCCUAGCCAACGCUCUAGACCCUCUGGAUGUGCGGGUUUGCCAGGUCACAGAACAGUCCCUGGAGCUGGUGACAGCGGGGGCGGGGAACGUGUGUGUGUGGUGUCUGACUCACAUGGUGUGCCGGGUGAGAGUGACGGAGGGUCUUGGGCGCCACAGCGUUUUUACCCAGCUGGCAUUGGCCCCCCCAGGCCCCGAGAGGCAUCACAGGGCCUUUGUCGUUUACGGGAGAGCUGUGGUUGUUGUUGACCUCACUGCUGGGCGUGUUCUGGAGCACAAAAGGAACCUCCACCUACGGGAUAUCACUGCACUGGUGUACAGCUUUCAUCUGGACUUUGUGGUCACUGCGUCCAAAGAUGUUUCCAUCAGAGUGUGGGGUCCUGACUGGGGGCUUUGUAUGGCGUUCGUAGGACACACUGGUGAAAUAACCACUUGGUUGGGGGAAAAAACCUUCCCUAUGAUUCCAGCUAGUCAAGUCAAAUGCAACACUCUUUACGUGUGUGUGUCUGUGUGUGUGUGUGUAGGUGUGGUGACCUCUCUGGCUUGCUGUCCGGAGUCUGGCCUGCUGCUCUCUGCCUCCCUGGAUGGGACCCUGCGUUGCUGGAGCUUGGAGGGGGGGGACCAGGUCCAGUGUUUCCCCAUCGAAGGAGGGGAGCCCCCUCUGGCCCUAGGGGGUCCGAUGAAAGGGGGCACCUUCUUUACUUUCUCCCAGCAAGGAGUGGACUUCUGGACCAUCAGCAGCCUGUAUAACCUUCACUGCAGGCUGGGGGGGGACCUGGGUGGCCCCGUGAGACAGAUAGUAGUUCCCUCUUGCCCCCUGCCCUACCCCACCCGGGUGCUUUGCGUCAGCGGGGAUAGUAACGUCACGCUAGUGGCCGCCGAGACGGGGGCGGUCCUAACCUCAUUCGGUGCCGGGCAGAGGGUAAGGUGCGCCGAUUACUGCUUGCACAAAGAGAUUCUAUUGGUCCUGACGGAGGGCGGAACGUUGAUCCGGGCCAGCACGCUGACCAAUCCGGCGACGUGUGUGGAUGAGUGGAAGGCACGAGGACAGGGUCCAUGGCAGAGGGAGGAGCAGACGGAUGGGGAGGGGGAUCAGUGGAUCGCAAAGCCAGGCCCAGUCUCCUGCAUGGUGCUCUACAGCAACAUAGCCGACGGACAGAGAGCGCUAGACGAGUGGAAGAGCCUGCAGAAGCAGAGAUGCCAGAGACCCACGAACAAGAAAUCUCUUCAUGAUGCCAAGAACCGGUUCCUGGUAAUGCUGGGGCACAAUGGUGGCUGUGUGAGUGUGCUUAUGCUGGAUACAGGAAAGGUGCAGUACAUGACCCCCGCACACAACGGCCAGAAAAUCACCUCCCUGCAGGCAGACCCUGAGAACAGCUACUUACUCACAGCCGGUGAGGACAAGGCAGUGCUGGUCUGGAGGGUGUUUCCCUAUGCCCAGGAGUGUCUCAGCCUGCACUUGAACCUUUUCUGUGGGCAUCCUCCGCUCUACUUGACCCUGUUGGGGCCUCUGCUGGCCCUAGCCUUCCAGGAUCCCGAUAGCGCCACCUAUAGCCUGGUGCACUUCAGCCUGCUCAACCAGAGUCGCACUGACCAUCCGCCCAGUGAGGACCAUCUGGACUGCAUUACGGGGCUCUGUGUGUGCCAUCAGCUCCGAGUGUUUGCCUCCAGCAGUCAGGAUGGAACUGUUCGCAUCUGGGAUGAAGAUAACCGCCUCCUCAGAACCCUCCAGCUGAGUGCGGAGCCUGAGUGUCUGGCCUACAGUGGGCAGAGGGGAGAUCUGCUCCUAGGCAUCAGAGGGGACCUGUAUAGGAUCCGCUGCGCCCACCUGCUGCCACAUGACUUCCAGCUACGGCUCCUUUCUACUGAGAUGUCAGAUCCUAUCCCUGACUUGCCCAUAUCUUCCACCUCAACAAGGACAAGCAAAACCAAGACUGUGGUCUCCCCCAUACCAGAGAAACAACCCAACGGAAAGCAGGACAUGACCAAAGACCCAGAGUAUGAGGUGCUGCUGGCUCGGAACAGAGACCUGGCCUCACUCCAGGAAGGCACUACAGAGAGAAGGAAGAGGAAACCUCCCACCACGCUGAAAACCAGGAAGGAGGCCUUUGACCGCUAUAUGAGGAUCAUCUACAGCCAGCCCCUCGACAUUAAGAUUGGGGAUGAGGACAUGUUUGACCUUCAUGCAGCUCUGUUUCCUCCAAAACUGCCUGACCGUCGACCAUUCACCCCACCCACAUUAAGGAAUGGCUUCUUCCCAAACCCCAACUUGGCCAAGCCCCUGCCACCCAUAACCAAACCAGGGCAGGAUGAGGAGCUAGAGCCAGCCCCAGCACAGAGCAAUCCGGUGGGCUUCAUCCCUAACUCUGUGCUAGUGGGCCAGCUGUGGCCAGGCGUUGUGGUGGAAAACACAAUCCCCAAGCAAACAUUCAAACUGAGGGAUGAGCACGACUAUGAGGAGGAAGGUGAUAUUGAAGAAGUUCAGUUUCUGGUGUAUGAGAGCGAUGAGGACAUAGGUUCCCCCAUACAGCUGGUGAAGAGCCCUCAGAAAGAGAAGAGCCCCCCACCUCCCACUCCAGAGAAGCCAGCCUAUGUAAUGAGGCCUCCAAAGGCUGUCCCUCCCACUAAGAUACCCAAACUGCCGACCCCACCUCCCCCUAGAACCCCAACACCACCCUGCACACCCACCCCCGAGAUCCCAGAAUUCCUUAAACAGUUUGUGGAGGAGGACUGGUUCAAGGAUAUCUACCAAGACCAAAGGUGUAUCGGGCAGUCCCUGUGUGCUGAGGAGUUCUCCAUGCAGAUUCUGGACCACAUGCAGAGUUGUGGUGCCCAACUAAAGAUGAGGAUCCUGAGCGCGCUGAUCACUCUACGCAGACAGGGGGAGCUAGGUAACACAGACAAGCUCAGCAAGGGGCUUAUGGGUUCUCUACGCAACAACACCUCAUCAAAUAUGUCCGAUGAGGAGCAGCGAGUGGUGAGUGAAAUACUCAACCUGUUGUUGGUGUGUCUUGGUCCUGAAAGCCAUGAGAUCAUUGUGGAGCUCCUCACUCUACUGGCCCACAAAGAACUGGGACUACAGAAAACAGUGAUGUGCCUGCUGCAGGUGAUGGGCGUGGAGGACGCUGACCCGUGGCUGGCCAUGGAGAUGGAUCCCUGGGACUCCAUGGUCCAGGACCUUCCUGAUUCCUGGAAGAGCCUGGGAGAGAUGGCUGCAGAGUGGCUGCACUCCUGGACCUCAAAAUACAAGGGCCAGAACAGUUCUUUGUUCCUGAAGAAUGCAGGGAAGAACCUCUUCACCCCAGUGGAUGUGCUCAACUACUUCUGCUCUGUCAAAAAGGAUAUGUUUUUAAAGGCACAGACUGUCCCACCAGAGGGGCGCAAAGACACAGUAUUGCGUCUCCCUGAUUCCUCCAGCUCUAAGCCAAUACAACGUCUUGGAGAGACCUACAGCAUGUCCAGGAUACGCAAGCCUCCAGGUGUAAUCUUGCCCCCUCUCCCAAACCGCCCUGUCCUCAUGGGCUUCACCCCAUUCCUCACCCUGCCCCUGCCGAGGGUCAGCCUGUCCCCCUUUCCAUUCCCUGUGGACCAGCACUGUUUGAAGGCCUCCCCGCGACGCUACUUCAUCCUGGAGCGCUCCUAUGUACACUACUAUAGAUGACACAGUAUAGAUGACACAGCCUCCCAGGCAGCAAAUUAUUAUUCCCCGCACCCAAGAUUUUUCCCUUUCCCCGACAAAGACCAACCAAACAGAUACUCUUUUUUGAAUAAAAAAUCUAUUGUAUAGAUCUUUUUUAUGGUAUAUCACGUGAUUCACUCAAUACAAAUAAAGUUUGAAUGACUGUAAACGUCUGUAAAAAUUAAACUGUUGUGUGUUGUUCCAUGGACAGUAUGGAUGCGAUAUGAACUGAUAGGCCAGAGAUAUUUUUUCAUUGUUUGCUUUAAUAUAAAUAUAAGCUUAUUUUGCAGUUUGGAAAAUAUACAGUACGGUGCAAAAGUUUU